AUGAAGUGGGACGGUGUUCCAGGGAACUUGGGCCACAUCAUUCCCACCGAGGUGAAUUCGGAUCUGUGGGCUUCAGACACUAACAAGAUCAAAGACCUGCAGCGGCUCAACGGUGAUUCCGAGUUGGCAGCUGCGCUUCUGAUAGCCUUUUGGUUCAGGAACGACAGUGACAUUUGCCACUGGUUGAAGAGAGAGCUUGCCGACAUCUUGUUGGAAUUCUACAGCUACGGCGUGGGCUCGCAGUUCGACUUGGCAAAGUCUGGUCGAAGAGUCGAAGAGGAAGAACGGGACCGGCAAGUCAUUGGACUCGGGGCGGCCGACAAGUGCCUUGUCCUAGCGAAGAUGGUGGACGGCGCAAUGACCGAAAUGGCCCUGUCGGAGGACAAGGCGAUCGAGGCCUUGUUGAGCAAAGGGAGCUACAUGCGGGGAUGGCACCCUGGCCUUCCCAUUCACAUGUCACGACAUGAUUGA